AUGAACCACCAGGACAAUCUUAAUGCUACUCUUCCAGACGAAAUUGCAGCCCUGGCGCGUCAUCCAAAUAAAACAGUCGCUGACAUAUUCAAUGUUCCGAGGCACCCAGUGAUGUAUACUAGAACAGGAUACAUUCUUCGGCUGCACAUAACGAACUUCCUUACACAUAGAGACAAGGUGGUGGACUUUGAAUGCCCGGUAUCUCUUAUUCAUGGCCCAAACGGUGCGGGGAAGUCGUCCAUCCUCCAGGCCAUCCACUUUGUCCUAGGUGGAAAGGCAAAAAAUAUCCGUGAUAACUGCGAGAGAUUUUCGAAUUUAAAAACAGUAGUUUGCCUAAAAGACACAAGUACAAAUGUACAAACUACACAAUGUUCUGUGAUUGCCUACUUCUAUUAUGAAGGGGGCUCUGAAUUUUCUGGGCCGAUUAUUGGAUUGAAGCGGACGGUCACAAACGAAGUCACCAAUUUUUUUUUGUGUACAAGCUUUCCCCCCAGCACCAAAUCCACUCCCCAAUUUGAGCGAAUAUCCUUCGAGCGGGCCCACUCUAUCCUGGUUGACAUGGGCCACUUUCCAGACAAUGAGAUCACGAUGGUCUCUCAAUCGAGAAUGAAGGUCCUUGUGCGCAUGAAGCCAGUUGAUCGAUACAAGAUCUUCAGCACGGCCAUGUCUUUUGAUGAGAUAGAAGCGAAUCUAGCAAACUCUCAGCUCUCUUUGGAAAACUCCAUCGCAGGUAGCAGGCGCAUAGCAGGAGGCCUCAAGCAUCUUAUGCAGGAUAGAAAGCGCGUUGGAAGAAGAAUCAAGGCAAUGAAGGAAUACCAUGAGGCAGACGUAAAUCUCAAUAAGGUGGGCCUGAAGAAGGUCGCUUUAUCCAUUCAGAAACACCGGGUGCAUGUCCAAAAUCACCGACUCGAUGUUGAACAAGCAGAGAAGAGGGAGCUUGCGCAGCUCUUUGCCGAAUAUGAACGCCAGCAGGAUGCAAAAGCAAAUCUAGAGCCAUAUCUAAAGCGUUGCAAUAUAGAAAUAGAUGAGCUAACUGUGCAUUUAGACGAAGGCAAGAAGCAGUUGAUGGAUCUCGUUGAUGAAUUAACUGCACAGAAGAGUGAGUUAGAAGCAACUGCAAGACACAUUAAUACCCUGGAGAGCAUGAUGAAGACUGGACAUGAAGACGCGGCAUUGCUAAAGAAGGAAAUUGCCCAGCACACUGAGUUUCUCAGCAAGGUAGCAGAUGCGCAGGAGUGUCUUGCCCCUCCGGAGAAGAGCGAAGAACACAAGAGGUUAGAAGCAGAGGAGCACUCUUUGCAACUGAAGCUGAUGCAACUGCAGACGCAAAAGAGCAAACUGGAGUCUGCACUAUUGAGCGUAUUCAAGCAGAGAGAGUGGAGACAAGACAGGGAGGCAGAAGCUCGCCAAAAGUGCGAGAACGCAAAAAACCAAUUGAACUAUUUGCAACGACAGCUAGAGUUGGAGGCCUCUGGCACUACCGCGCCAGAGAAAUGCAUCAGCUCGUUGUACCCAGCAAACUAUCAAAUUUAUACUAAAGUCAAAGCAGAGUCCUUUUCGGGUGGUGUGGUAGCCCCGCUUGCGGCAUAUAUAUGGGUAAAGGAGUCGUCAUCAGCUUUUGCACCAAUAAUCAGACGUGUUAUAGGCCCAAGCCUUUUAAAUACAAUAGCAUAUAGGGAUAAGAAUGACGAGCAUAGGCUCAGAAAUAUUUUAGGCCGAAGCAUACAGCUUAUGAAUCUCUUGAGGUCGACCAUUCCUACCAUGGAUGAGUACAACAUGCUUGUUCAUGAGCUGGGUCCAGUCUAUAGAGAUAAGGUCCUGUCUGUGAUGCAGUGCCUUGGUAAUUCUUCUCCCUUCGCUCUAGAAGUCCUCCAGCUAAAGGUCCAACUAUCCAGAUUAGUCAUCUGCGAGACCCUCGAGGUCGCACGCACUGUCUUGGAGGUAGGAAAGAAGCUGCAUGUGUCUUUUCAAUGCCUUCCUAAGGACAGAGAAUGCAUCAUGUUUAUCGGCGCCAAAAAUAGCGUUAUUAUGAAACCAGCAUAUAGUAAUCAAGGGUCAAUCAAGGCCCAGAGUCUUUAUUCAGCUACCACCAACCAAUCAAACCUACAAUCAGAGAUUCAACGCCAGCAGCGCGCUUAUGAGAUGGCAAAGGCCGAGUUUGAGUCCAAUUAUUCAGUGGCCAAACUGAGCGUAAUAGAGGCCCAGGAAACUCUGAAGAAGAGCGAGCUUCAAGCAGAGUUGGAAUCCAUUUCCGCAGAAGCGGCCCGAGUCCUGCAGACAAUGGAGGCCAAUAAUAGUAGAUUAAUUCACCUCAAGCAGCAGUAUGCACAAAGUGUUGAAUGCUAUAACGCACAGCAACGAGAGAUGCAAAGUGCGAGAAGACAAUUGGAGCGCUCUCGUGCAAUCGUAGAAUCGUCUGGGUUGAAACUCGCAACCCUGGAAAGCAAGCUAGCCGAGAUGACAAGUGAUCUAGAAAGAUCAAAUGCCUCUCUUAAAAAUAAGCAGGACAUAGUUGAACAACAACAAAAGACAUAUGAUAAGUGCGAGGCUGACGUAGUUGUGCUAGAAGACAGGCUCUCAGAGAAGAUUGCUCACAGGGAGAGUAUACAGGCCGAAGACUUGGACAAGCAGAUAAGUCAAACCGAAAAUGCUAUUACUACAUGCAAAGCGAAAGUCAAGACACUGAGGGCUUUCUUGACCUCAGCUCAGAGCGCUACUUUGAACGACUUGCAAACAUUUCUAGAAGUAUUUGAGAAUUUGUCCAAUUUGGUACCUGAGUACAGAGAAAGGCAGGCUACUGUUUUUUCUGAGUCACUGUCACUGAGAGGAGCACAGCCAUGUAAUCCUCCAAUUGACAACGGUUUGAGCUCUGCAGAGCAUGUGGUGGACCAAAACCAUUCACCGUUCCGGGAGCUAUAUGCGAUAUUGUGUGCAAACGAGAACAUCGAUUCCUCUUAUUACAAUCCUGUCACCCGCUUAGCGUUUCUCUUGGUAGAUUUCCUUGCAGAUUACUCCAUCUUUGCCGAAGGACAAGAUGCCAAAGAUAUAAAGAGCAUUCCUGAUAGCUCUUAUGAAGACAAUGAGCAACUUCUCAUUAACAUAAAUAACUUACUAUCUGCUGUGUCUGAAGAGAUCCAGCGAAUAGAGGAGAAGAAGCAUGAAUUGGCACAGGAAUUCAAUGGCGACAUAGAGGCAGAAAAGCAGCAUCUAUUGAGGAUAGAGGAUGAAAUCCGAGCGCAGACCAAAGAGUACACUGCUAUAUUGCAGGAGAUAUCCUCACUUGGGGAGAUUGCUGUGCGGCAAUUAAUCAAAUUGACAUCUAUUCGCUCAUACGCAGAGCAUGACAUAAGCUUUCAUUUUAUGCAGACGUCUGAGAUCACUGGUAUUAACCAGCGAUUGUACUUCCAGUUCCCUGCGCUCCCCGUUGUCUCCCCUAAACUGCUCGAGCUCAUUGACAAGCAAGUCACAGAUAGAUACUACGACAUAUGUGGUGCUCAACUACAUGCCUCGUGGAGUGUAGAACCACCAAGCAGAUCACACGUCAAUGUAGAUGAGACCUCCGACGAUGCCAAUCAACAACCGAUUACGACAAUCGCUUCAUCCAAAGGAUCUAUUGAUAUCCGAUCGACUACGCGUGGAGCGACAAGCCUCAGCGGAGGUGAAAGCACGUUCAUAUCCCUAUGCUUUAUGGUCUCAUGCUGGCUUGUAAUAAAAACGCGAUACGCCCAGAUUGAUGAGUGGGACGUAUUUAUGGAUGCGACCCGCCGAAAGAGGGCCUUCAAACUAAUGCUGGACGCCAUCCUUCAAACCUCUGUGCAGGUGGUACUGGUGACUCCGAGCGACGUCGAUAUAAGCGACCUUGAUGAAGCAACUAAAAAAGUUAUCGGCGUAAUCAAGCUUCUGUCUAUACGUGCGUAG